GACUGCUGCAGCCGUCAAUCCGUCAUAGUUUUGAAAAACAAAUUUGAUCUCAUUUUUUUUUUCGUCAAUAUGCCACAAGAAUUUUGUAUUUACAAAUGUUAUUCUUGCAGCACAUUUCAGGUUCAUAUUGUUAAAAAGAGUAGCAAGAAAUGGGUCUGCAAGAUGUGUGGAGAAAAACAGACUAUCAUCAAGGUUUUUGGACAGGGAUCAGCAAAGGAUUGUCGAGAGCAUGUACAGAAACUAAAUUUAGUGAAAGGUAUGUCAGCAGAACCUGUAGAAAGUGAGAAUACUGAAACUGUUAGCCAAAACCAAAAAAAUGAAUCAGUGCCUAACAAACGAAAACUGUGUGAGGAAUACUCUGAUGAGGAUGAUCAAAGAAAUGUGGUUGAAUCAGAAUCUCAAGUAAGAGUCCCCUCAGUUAAAAUAUCGAAAUGGUCUUGUUUUCUUGAUUCAGACUCAGAUGUUGAAUGAUGUUACAAUAACAUAAUGGCUCAUCACGUAAAUUGUACAAAUUAUCAGAAGAAAAUUGUAUUUUCUCACCACCAGCAAAUUUUUUAUAAUAAACCAAUCAAACCUA